AUGACACCUGGAGAACUAGCUCUUGCCAGUGGCAACCACACCCCAGUUACCCAGUUCAUCUUGCUGGGAUUCUCCAAUUAUCCAGAACUCCAGCAGCUUCUUUUUGGAGUCUUCCUGCUCAUCUAUGCCGUGACAGUGGUGAGCAACUUGGGAAUGAUAGUUCUCAUCUUCACAGACUCCUGUCUCCAAAGCCCCAUGUAUUUUUUCCUCAGUGUCCUCUCUUUUCUUGAUAUCUGUUAUUCUUCUGUGAUCACACCCAAGCUAUUGGUCAACUUUCUGGCUUCAGACAAGUCCAUUACUUUUUGGGGCUGUGUGGUCCAGAUGACCUUCUUUGUGGCACAUGCAACAGCUGAGAGCUUCCUGCUGGCCUCAAUGGCCUAUGACCGCUUCAUGGCUAUCUGCCAACCCCUCCAUUAUGGUUCUUCCAUGACCAAAGGGACCUGUCUCCAGCUGGUGGCUGCUUCCUAUGCAUUCGGUGGAGUUAACUCCGCUAUUCAGACUGGGAAUGUCUUCACCCUGCCUUUCUGUGGGCCAAACCAAGUAACACACUACUUCUGUGACAUCCCACCCCUUCUCCGCCUGGCCUCUGGCAACAAAGACACAGCAGGAAUGGUCCUCUAUAUCUUCUCUGCUCUAGUUACCCUUCUGCCUGCUGCAGUCAUCCUCACUUCAUACAGCUUAGUCUUGGUGGCCACUGGGAAGAUGCGCUCAGCAGCUGGGAAGGAGAAGGCCCUCUCAACAUGUGCCUCCCAUUUCCUGGCCAUUACCAUUUUCUGUACUGUGGUUUCCACCUAUGACCAGCCUCAUGGACCCACUUAUGAUACCAAGGACCAAGUAGUUUCUGUCUUCUAUACCACGAUAAUUCCCAUGCUCAACCCCUUCAUCUAUAGUCUCCGUAACAAGAAUGUAAAGGAAGCCCUACUGAGGAAGCUCCAGGUCAACAUCUUUCCCUGCUGA